AUGUCACUCAGACAAAAAUUCUUCUCAAAAUCCAACAAGCGGAACCGCAUGAGUGGACUUUUCACUUCGUCAGCGCUUGAUACCUCCACAGAACUACCCCCAGCUUCAUUACAACAACAAUUCGCAAAAAACAAGUCAACCAGUGACACUUCUCCCAAUUCAUCCACACCUUCCUCUCUUUCAUCAGGACAAGUAUCAACAUUUAGCGCUCAACAACAACAAACACCACUCAACAAGUCUUCAAUUCCAUCGACCUCCUCUCUGAUUUCAAAUACAACUUCCUCUUCGGAUUCCAAUCUACUCGCGAGUGCUCAACAAGCACCCCAUUCAACAGUUUCAGGACUCUCAUCUUCACUCUCUCCAAGAAGUCUUGCUUCCCGAAGAUAUACGAUGGACGGUUCUCUGAUGCAACCCUUUUCAGCAGAAUCAGAGACGAGUUUAUAUUCACCCACAACUAUAUUGUCUGUUGAAGACAAUGUUUGUACAACAACAAAUAAUAAUAAUAAUCAUCCGUGUACCAGUAAUCAUCAUCAUCCUCACGUCAAUGAUCCUACAAAUUCUACAACAACAGAAACAACAAUGAAGAAGGCAUAUCCGCAACAACAUCUUGAUGAAAGUACUCGACUACUACAACAACAAUUUCAAAGACAGAGUUUUUCAGGAACCAUGACGACGAGCGUUGAACAAUUAUUGUUAUUAUCAGAGGAGCAUGUAGAGCCUCAUACGAUCCGUUCUUCUUCAGAAGAUUUAAAGAAACAGACAGCCUCUCUUCAACAACAGGACGCUGCUGCCGUUUUUGAUCCUCAUCAGCCUUCGAUGUGCAAUGGAGGUUCAAGGGAGGAGAAAAAUGCAUCAUUGUUGGAACAGCAACAACCAUCACCAUCAUCACAAGAUUCCAACAACCAAACAGCAACAAAUACUCUGAAGAAUCAACCAGAACAACAACCAGAAACAGAAAUAACAACGGAAAAUACCAACAUGACCAAACAACGGAGAUCGGUGAGUAUGGCUCCAGCCUUUGGUGGUGGUCAUUCUACGAGUAGUAGUGGUACAACGACAACUGCUACUACGACGAGUGAUGAUAUGAACAAUAAUUCCAAAUUUAAAGGAAUUAGUAGUGAGGAUAUUCGGAAGCAACAACAAAAUACCUUGAGCUCAGGAAGCACAACCACAACACCCACUUCUCUCGCUCCUUCAUCUCAUCUCGAUGUGUCCAAUUCCUCUACAUCCAAUCACGAUCAUUCUCCAAUCUCACCUAUAACGCCGUCCUUCUCUACCACUACAACAACAACAAGUUCAAAUUCGAAUACACCAAACCAAUCAUCAGGAACCCUCUCUCAUGUUCCUUCCUCUUCAUCGAUGGUCGAUCCAAAAGAUAGAUUUAAAGGAAUUGGCUCAAAUCCAUCAUCAUCAUCAAAACAAAGUUCAAAUGGAAAGUCUUCAACACCAACCAAUAACAAACCAUCAUCCACCUCUACAACGGCAUCACAACAAGCUCCAUCGCUCACAACAUCAGCAAGUAAAUCAUCGAUGGAUAGGAUGAGAAGCUCACACGAUAUUGGAAGAGAUGCCAAGAAGAAGGACUCCAAGAAAACACUGACCAUGCCCUCUCAGUCCAAGAACAAGAUCGUCGUGAUUGGAUGUAGAGGAAUUGGUAAAAGCGAAAUGGUUUACAAAUUCCUUUUCAAUGAAAUUCGAUAUUUCCAUCAAUUGAAGAAGGAAAAGGGGAGGUUGAUGGAAGAGUUGAAAUCUGUCUCGACACCCACUUCGCCGACAACAUCCAAUACCACCACUUCCACAACAACAACAACGAACGACACCUCCAACAUCAGUUGCACCACCACUACGGAUCCACCAUCAUCAAUACCAAGUAGCAAACAAAAUGGCACAACACCAGUUUCAUCUCCACCUCAACAACAACAACCGCCAACACCUUCUGUAGCAUCUUCAUGUACUUCAGACGUAUCAACACCUUCUAGCCCUCCAAUUACGACCACACAACUCAACUCAACCAGUACCACAACAUCCACUGGUAUCGGAGCUACCGCUUCCACCAAUGACUCACUUCCAAAAGAUGCGAGCCAAAUUGUUGAGAGCGAGAUUGAUAUUUCUCUCAAGGCAACAGAUACUUUGGAGGUACGAAGAUUAAAACUUCUCAUCAUGAAGAAGGAUCAAGAGAUUAAAAAGCAAAAGGAAGAAAUGGAAAAUACAAUUCACGAGCUGUCGAAUAUGUGGAAAAAAGAAAGAACCGAAAAAUUGGAUUUGGAACAAGAAUAUGUGGAAAAAGAGAACGAAUUGAACCAUUACAUUUCAGUGGUAGACCAAAUUCAUACUCUCAUUAACUUGGAUCCAAAUUCCACCGACUUACCCGAUCCUUUUGGCUUUAAAUUAUCGGAUAAUCCUAACAAUAGUAUUUUGAGCCCAAACAGAAGGAAAAUGAGUUCUCAUCAACAACCUGUUGCCAAUACGCUUGCUACUCCAAAAACGGGUAUUUCACAACAAAUUCCAAUCACCACUAUUUCAUCUCCAACUCCUAGAAAUAAUUCAAACAACGAAGAAUUUUUCGAUUUACAAAAUUUCAAUCCAAGCAAUUCUGUUUCAUUGACACCCAUGUCUGCACAACGAAAACCACGUCACUUGAGGACAGAGAGUACUUUCCAAAAAUUACGAACCAACCAAUAUCAAGUCGUUGCUCAAGAUUUUAGAAAAUCUGUUGGGGCUGAGGAGGACGCCGAUGCAUCAGAUCAAGAAACAAACAGCCUUGCUGCCGCCACAAAUGAGAUUGAAAAUGAUAACGAGGAUGAAAUUAAUCUUUUCUUGAACGAGUUCAAUAGAUCUGAGGAAUCAAAUUUGAUCGUCACAAGUCAGCUUCCAAAGCUUCAGCCAAUGACCCACGUUAACAAAGCAUCAAAUUCCAACUCUGAGGACAGUACUGGCGAGGAGGAUACAGAAAAUGAUUACUCAGAGAGUAGUGAUAUCAUGUCCGUUUCUUCGAAUGCUAGCUCUGGUCCAAAAACCAAGGUUUCAGACUCUAAAGACAGCAUUACUCAAUCGGGUGUAACGGCUAAUAGUUUAAUUUUCCCAAGUGCCGGAAAGCUAAAAUCUCCAACAAUAGUUCAGUCAACUGACUACAAGUACGACGAAAAUCUCUUUGUAAAACUCUUGACACCUAGUUUCCAUUUAACCGAAGGCUUGAGAAGAUUUAACACCGGAAAGCCAAAGGAUGCUCUCAAAUAUUUGACAGAAAACGGUAUUUUACCAGAUGUUGAAGCUGGAUUGACAGAGUCUGGAGAAAGACCUGAGGCUGUCAUUUCACGAUUUUUCGCCAUUGCAGAUUCUCUAAACAAGGAAAAAUUAGGAGAGUUCUUUGGAGAUCCUAAGAAUACUGUUUAUUUGGAAGAGUUCGUCAAAUUCCAUAUUCAAGAAUUACAUAGCGACGAGAAGAAACCUGGAGACGAUACCUACAUGAGCAAAUUCGAUCGGGCUAUUCGGUCAUUCUUUAUCCAAUUUAAAUUACCAAAGGAAGGUCAACAAGUGACCAGAAUUGCGGAAGCUUUUUCCUCUGUCUACAGCAAGUACAACAAGAAUGAUGGAGAAAUUAAUGGAAAUGAGGAAGCAUGUUAUCUACUUGUGUGUUCAAUCCUUAUGGUGAACACUCAACUUCAUAACCCUGCCUCAAAUAUCAAGCUUACUCGUGAUCAAUUUGUUAGCAUGUUCUCUCUUUAUAAGGAUGUGAAUCAGGCUUUCAUUGGUUCCUGCUACGAUAGUAUAGCCAAGAAUGCCAUGGUAUUUUAUGACGAAGACAUUGAUGCUGAGGACCGUACCAAUUUUGAAACAGAUGACCAAAUAGAUCUCUUUUUCAAGUGCUAUAAACCCAAAUCGUCCUCCUCGUCAUCGUCAACACUCAGUACCUCACAAAGUGAAGUUCAAUUACAUCCACACAGGGCACUAAAAUCGCUCAGCUUGGACAAUGAAAAAGUGAAGCAACUAAUGGAAGGCUCCAUUACAUUCUAUUUCAAAGCCAAGGUAAUUCAUGAUGGUGUGAUUAAUCGAAUUCAAAUCAAAGAUUCAGAUCCAAACUUGGAGUUGGCCACUCAGGAGGGUAUCAAUGAAGCAGGUAUGACUGUGACCAAGGUAAAGCUCAAAGAUCCAUCCCAAGUGAAUGAAGAGGCCAAGUCUGGUAACUACUUUAUUUGCUCUUACAGCGUCACAGACAAGACAAGUUUCCUUAUUGUAGAGCAUAUUAUCAAGGCCAUUCGAAAAAUUAAGCGAAAAGAAAGAAAAAAGGAAACUAAGAAAAACAAAUCAAGCAAGUCGAAAUCCGCGUACAACACUUUGACUGGCUCUGUCACAGAAGAACUUUUGCAAAUGCUCAACGAUGAUGACAGCGAUUACAACAAUGACAAGUUUAUGGUAUUGGUUGGAUGUAAGGCAGAUGUGCCAGAUGAACAACGUCAAGUUUCCAAGAAGGAAGGAGGUGAACUCGCUCUCAAGUAUAGCAUUCCAUUCUUUGAAGUUUCGAAUCAUGACAUGGUUGGAAUACGGAAGGUGUUCCUUAAUGCUGUGGAUUCACUGAAGAGACAAAAUGCAUCGUACGUGGACGCUGUGAAACAAAUGAACGACUUCCACAAGCGAAUGAACAUUGCCAAGCAAAACAAGAAGGGCCAAGUGGAUGUCAAUGCACUCGCCAUUCUUCCCAAGUGUUACAUUUAA